AACAGAUCGAAGGGAACAAAGCACGCAUGCGCAUGGCGAAGCUGGAGUCGAAGACGCGCCGGUAGGGCGCACGCAUGCGGCGGAAAGGCGGGAGGCGGGAGCGCGCGCCUGGGUGACUGUUGUAGGCCUGGGUUAGCCAGAGCAGGAAGUGAACCUGCUAUGGCUCACAGGCCGAAAAGGACUUUCCGGCAGCGCCGAGCGGACUCUAGUGACAGCGACAGCACCCAGGAGCCGUUUGCUGAACCCGGCGCGCCGGGGGAGCAGGCAGACCUGGGCCCUGCGGAGGAAGGACUGCAGUCUGGAGGAGGCCGCGCGGAAGCGGCGGAACUACCCCGCCGGGCCCGGGGUCGGGGCCGGGGCCGGGGCCGGGGCCGCGGCCGGGUCUGGGCCAGUUCCCGGCACGCCGCGAGAGCGGCUUCGCGUUUGGACGGAGGCUCGGACGUCCCAGAAUCCAGAGCGGUUGAUCUUUCAACAGACGAAGAGGAUGGAACACAUCGUUCUUCAGAAAGUAAAGAUGAUCAGAGUUCAUCUUCCAAUAGCUCUUGCUCUCUGGAAGAAGAGUUUACAUCACUAGUAAAUAUCCCUGAUGCAGCUUUUAUUCAGGCAGCCUACCGAAAACGUGAAUUGGCCAGGGCCCAAGAGGACUAUAUUUCUUUGGAUGUAAAACAUGCCUUCACCAUCUCUGGUGUGAAGAAAAACACUGAAUAUCCUGAGAGUGAGCCUGAUGAUCAUGAAAAUAUAAUACCAUUUACCCCAAAGCCUCAAACACUUAGACAAAAGAUGGCUGAAACAACAGCAACCAGAAAUGAAGAAACAAGUGAAGAUAGUGAAGAAGAUAAAAAAUAUCAAGAUAUUUGGGAACAGCAGCAGAUGAGAAGAGCAGUUAAAAUCACAAAGGGACGAGACAUAGAUCUUUCUCAUAGCAGUGAAUCUCAAACAGUGAAGAAGUUUGAUGCUUCCAUUUCAUUUCCACCAGUAAAUUUAGAAAUUAUAAAGAAGCAACUAAAUACUAGAUUAACAUUACUACAGGAUACUCACCGCUCUCACCUGAGGGAAUAUGAAAAAUACAUACAAGAUGUCAAGAGCUCAAAGAGUACCAUCCAGAACCUAGAGAAUUCAUCAAAUCAAGUUCUAAAUUUUAAAUUCUAUAAAAGCAUGAAAGUUUAUGUGGAGAAUUUAAUUGACUGUCUUGAUAAAAAGAUUAUCAACAUCCAAGAAAUAGAAUCAGCCAUGCAUGCACUCCUUGUAAAACAAGCCAUGAUCUUUAUGAAACGCAGGCAAGAUGAAUUAAAACAUGAAUCAGCGUAUUUACAACAGUUAUCACGCAAAGCUGAGACGUCAACAAAUAGAAGCUUGGCUAUAGAUGAAAAAACUCAAUGGAUUUUAGAAGAGAUUGAAUCUCGAAGGGCACAAAGAAGACAAGCAAGGGUUCUUUCUGGGAAUUGUACUCAUCAGGAAGGAACAUCUAGUGAUGAUGAACUAUCUUCAGCAGACAUGAUGGACUUCCAAAAAAGCCAAGGUGACAUUUUACGGGAUCAUAAGAAGAUUUUUGAAGAUGUACACGAUGAUUUUUGUAAUAUCCAGAAUAUUUUAUUGAAAUUUCAACAAUGGCGAGAAAAGUUUCCUGAUUCUUAUUAUGAAGCUUUCAUUAGUUUAUGCAUUCCGAAGCUUUUAAAUCCUCUAAUACGAUUUCAGUUGAUUGAUUGGAAUCCUCUUAAGUUUGAUUCCAUAGGUUUAAAACAGAUGCCAUGGUUCACAUCUAUAGAAGAAUUUAUAGAUAGCAGUAUGGAAGAUUCAAAGAAGGAAGAUAGUUCUGAUAAGCAAAUCUUGUCUACUGUCAUCAGCAAAACAAUUAUUCCUCGACUUACAGACUUUGUAGAAUUCAUUUGGGAUCCCUUGUCAACCUCACAGACAACAAAUUUAAUAACACAGAGCAGAAUGAUUUUUGAAGAACAUUCCACUUGUGAAAAUGAAGUUAUUAGUAAAGGCAAACAGGAUUUACUUAAACCCAUUGUUUCAAGAAUGAAGAAGGCAAUAGAUGAUGAUGUUUUUAUUCCUCUAUAUCCAGAGAGUGCUGUAGAAAACAGAACGUCACCACAUUCAAAGUUCCAAGAAAGACAGUUCUGGUCAGGUCUAAAGCUCUUCCGCAAUAUUCUUCUUUGGAAUGAACUCCUCCCAGAAGACACUUUGCAAGAGCUAGGACUAGGGAAGCUGCUGAAUCGUUAUCUUAUUAUAGCUCUUCUCAAUGCCAUACCUGGGCCAGAUGUUGUUAAAAAGUGCAACCAGAUAGCAGCAUGUUUACCAGAAAAAUGGUUCCAAAAUUCUGCCAUGAGAACAUCUAUUCCCCAGCUAGAAAACUUCAUCCAGUUUUUACUGCAGUCUGCACGUAAAUUAUCUACAAGUGAAAUCAGGGAUGAAGUCAAAGAAAUAAUUCUUAUUCUGGUGAAAAUAAAAGCUUUGAAUCAAGCAGAAUCCUUCAUAGAAGAAUAUCACCUAGACCAUCUUAAAUCAGUAAUUGAAGAAGUUUGAGUGAACUUUAUAGGAAAGUACUAAAAUGAGGUUUUAAUAUAGUCACACUUGGCUCUUUUGCUUGGAGAAAGAAGGAAAAAAAGAAAAAAUGUUGCCACUUCUUUAUUCCCAGUAAUGGAGGGGAGGAUUUGCAACACCCAAAAAGCAGGACUCUGUCUUUCCAUUCCUUCCACCUUCUACCUUCUGGUAUCAUGAAAGGCUGCCCCUUUUUUUUGCAGUGUUUGCAGGAAUUAGACACACAGGAACAGUAAGAGUUUAACAUAUUUCCAUUUCCAUUUGAUUUUCCAUCGACUUUUCCAGCUUAAGAAAGGAGUUGAAGGAAGCUUGUUAUAGCUGUUUUGGCCUUGGUUGGUCUUCUGUCCUGAACCAUAAAAACCUCUUUUAGUUCUCUUCAUUUUAACUAUCUCUGUUUACAGAUGAGUUUAAAUGAAAAUCUUAAUCGGGAUGAAUUACUUGUUAAGUAUUCUGAUUAAGGCAUUUUAGGGCUUUUGAUAACUAAUGCUUGUCAAAUUGUUCUUCAGAAAUGUGUACCAAUGUAUUGUACCAACAGAAGUCUAAGAAAGGUCAAUGAAUCUCUAACGGCAAUAGGUAUUAUCUUUUUUUUUUAACUCAUUUGCACUUAAUAGGUGAAAAAAAAUCUUAUUUUAAUGACUUGUUUUGGCUAUUAGAGAGUGACUACUUGUCUUUUGGCCAUUUGUAAUUCUUUUUGAAAUACCUAUUCAUCUUCUUCUUAUGGAUUUGUAAGAGCUUUAUAUUUUAAAGAUACUGAUGUUCUGGGAAUUCCCUGGCAUCCAGUGGUUAGGACUCUGCACUUUCACUGCCGAGGUCACAGGUUCGAUCCCUGGUUGGGGAACUAAGAUCCUGCAAGCCACACAGCACGGCCAAAAAUAAAAACAAAGCAAAGAUACCCAUGUUUUGGCUGUGCUAUGUUAUAGUUUCCCUCAUUUGCCAUUUUCUUUAAAUUUGUGUAUGUUUUUGGUGUACUAAGUUAUCGCUUGUUAGGUAGUUACUAUUUUUUGUUGUGUUUUUUUUUUUGUCAUUGGUGGUAGGCCUAGACAGGAAACAAAUUUUUUUUUUUGACAUCUUUAUUGGGGUAUAAUUGCUUUACAAUGGUGUGUUAGUUUCUGCUUUAUAACAAAGUGAAUCAGUUAUACAUAUACAUAUGUUCCCAUAUCUCUUCCCUCUUGUGUCUCCCUCCCUCCCACCCUCCCUAUCCCACCCCUCUAGGUGGUCACAAAGCACCGAGCUGAUCUCCCUGUGCUAUGCGGCUGCUUCCCACUAGCUAUCUACCUUACGUUUGGUAUUGUAUAUAUGUCCAUGCCUCUCUCUCGCUUUAGGAAACAAAUAUUUUAAAUAUUCAGCACAGGGACUUCCCUGGUGGCGCAGUGGUUAAGAAUCCACCUGCCAAUGCAGGGGACACGGGUUCAAUCCCUGGUCUGGGAAGAUCCCACAUGCCACAGAGCAACUAAGCCUGUGUGCCACAACUACUUAAGCCUGCACACCUAGAGCCUGUGCUCCGCAACAAGAGAAGCCACCGCAAUGAGAAGCCCCCACGCACCACAAUGAAGAGUAGUCCCUGCUCACCGCAACUAGAGAAAGCCUGCGUGCAGCAACGAAGACCCAAUGCAGCCAAAAAUAAAAAUAAAAUUAAUUUAUUAUAAAUAAAUAUUCAGCAAUGUGAUUCAUUUUCUAAUAAAAAAUUUGUGUGAUUAAGAAAGUGAGGCAAGGUCAUUGAAUCAAAAAGAAAUUGAGGGACUUCCCUGGUGGUCCAGUGGUUAAGAAUCCACCAUCCAAUGCGGGGGACUCGGGUUCGAUCCUGGCUGGGGAACUAAGAUCCCACAUGCUGUGGGGCAACUAGGCCUGCAUGCGGCAACUAGUGAGAGCCCCUAAACAAAGAGCCCCGCGCACUGCAAUGAAGACCCAGCGCAGCCAAAAAAAAAAAAAAUUCUUUGUGGCACUCUCAAUAACUAUAAAACAAAAACUUUGAAACAUG